AUGGUUCAUCAUAAACCACAGGGCUCCACUUUGCCGAUGGGAGACGAUGGCGGCCUUUCCAUGCUGGAACAUGGCGGCACAUUAUUAUUAUCUGUUGUAGCUGUAGAUGAUCAGGGGCAGGGGCAGGUGCAGGUGCAGGGCCAUCAAGAAGAAGAAGAAGUCGACCACGACGACAUCUCCUCCUCCUCGUCAUCGUCCUCGUCCUCACCCACCGGGAAUAAGCAUAAGCAGACGAGCUGCCUUCUGCCAGCACGCAGCCUGAGAUCAACAAAUGAAGCAUGUCAUAGCCAGCAAGCAGACGGCGGCGGCGGCCGGUCGCUGUCCUUCUCCAAGAUCUUCAGCUUCAGAAUAUGGGCGCCCGCCGGCGCAUCCCUGUCCAGCUCCACCUUGGAGGAUUACAUUAUUGAUCAACACCAACUCGAGCAUGAUGCUGCUGCUGCUGCCGGUGCCGGUGCUGGUGCUGCCAAGGAUAAGAACAAGGACGAGGAGGAGAAGCUGAAGCAGGUAUGCCGCUCGCAGUCCGUGCCAGCUACGAGCGUCGCCAGGCGAUUCAGCAGCACCGCAAAAGGAAAAGGGUCGAGGAGAGUGCCAGACUCCAGCUCUCUCAGGCGGCUCAGACUGGUUCCGCUGCGUGUUCCUCUUCAUCCUCCUCCUCCUCUAGAUCAGGCCGCAAGCGCCACAGCCGGAGGAGAAGAGGAGGAAGAAGAACAACAGGAGGAACAAGAUAUCGCCGCCGAGGAGGCGGUGUGCCGCAUCUGCAUGGUAGCCCUGUCGGAGGAGGCGGUGCUCAAGCUGGAGUGCUGCUGCAAGGGCGAGCUGGCCCUGGCGCACAGGGCCUGCGCCAUCAAGUGGUUCAGCAUCAAGGGCAACGGCACCUGCGACGUGUGCAGCCAGGAGGUGCUCAACCUUCCAGUCACCCUGCGGCGCCUGCCGGACCCUGACGACCCUGCCCGUCCACCAUCCGUCGUUCAGGCCGCGGUGGCUCUGGCUCAGGCACAGGCGCAGCUGCUGCAGGGCACUACGCAAGCUGAUGGUGGUGCUGGUGAUCCUACCGCAACCACCACCAGCAGAUACAGCAGCUACAGGGUGUGGCACGGCACGCCAAUCCUCGUCAUCGUCAGCAUGCUCGCCUACUUCUGCUUCCUGGAACAGCUGCUGGUCGGCGACCAUGGCACGGCGGCUCUGGCCAUCUCCUUGCCCUUCGCCUGCGUCCUUGGCCUCUUCUCCUCCCUAACCACAACAAAGAUGGUGUCCAGGAGAUAUGUAUGGAUCUACUCUGCAGUGCAGUUCCUCUUCAUUGUGCUCUUCACGCACAUCUUCUACAGAUACGUGCGGAUGCAAGCCGUGAUCGCCAUCAUCCUGUCCACCUUCGCGGGCUUCAGCGUCGCCAUCUGCACCAACUCCGCCCUCCUCCGGAUUCUCAGAUGGAGGGCCAGGCACGCUGUGGCAUCGCCCACCACAACCGCUACAGCUGCCGACGCUCAGGGCCAUGGUUCCAGUUCCAGGGACAGGGGGCCACCAGUGGCAAUGGCAGUGGCAGUGGCGGAGCCAGACAUUGAGAUCGCUCUGCCUCCUGCUCAUGCAUAG